AUGUUGGAUCUUCAGCCUUUUACUAUAUUAUUCACCAUAUUACUAGUGAUAUUAUCGAAGCAAAUAGUCGGUGCCAUUGGUAAGAAAAAUAUUGAAAAGCUUGUAUGGAACAAGUAUUGCCUGUGGAAAACAUCUGGAACCACAAAGAACCCCGCCAGCUCAGAUGAUUCACCAAUUAUUAAACUAGCCAAACUUAAAUCAGAUUUGACCUCAAUCAAAGCUGAACGUAGCAAAGUCUCUGCUCAAGAUCAAUACGCCAAAUGGACCAAACUUAAUCGUCAGCAUGAUAAGUUGGAAGCAGAAAUCAAGGUCAUGAACGAGGCUAUUGUGCAGGAUGAACAGAGAAUCAGUAAGUACGUAGGUUAUAUAAUUACGAUAGCAACUACCAUACCAAUCUGGGUAUCCAGAGUUUGGUUUAGAAAAACUAUCCUCUUCUAUGUUCCACCAGGAGCUUUACCAUAUCCAGUGGAAUGGGUUCUUGCAUUACCAUUUGUUCCAACUGGUGGAAUAGGUCUUACUAUUUGGAUGUUUUCUUUGAAUUCCGUGAUCAGCCUGUUGAUAUCUACCAUUCAGUUCAUAUUUUUCGAUAAGAAGGUCAGUAAGCCAGUAGAAGAAAAGGAAAAUGGAAAAGUUGGAAAGGAGAGUAAAAAGAUCCAAUAA